CUCUCUCGCUAAUAGCGCCGGUCCAAUUCUUAUUUGGAUCGCAAACCUCACCACAGGCGUCAUGUCUUCUUUACUCGGAGCUGGCUACGAGUCAAGCGACGAUGACACCACUCCCUCCGCCCCUGCACUCCAGCCCCCGGCGCCGUCUGCGACCAAGAUUGUUGCGGCGCCCGAAGUGAACACAGAGGUUUGGUCCCCUUCAUGAGAUUCUAUAAUCCUUGGAUUCGAACUCAUUUCCCACGAGAAUAUCUAAAUUUAAAACAUUCACAUGGCUAAUAUCCCUACAGGACCAAGCACACAUGCAGAUGAUGCUCGCUAACACCUCUUCUACCGCCCUCACCUACAACGCCACAUACGAUGACCUUUCUCGACCAUCGCAAGGUCCGGCCAACCCCUUCAAAGCCACCGAGGGGCCCAACGGCCUCAAGCGCAAGAACGUCCCCACCGGAUACGCCGAGGAGGCCGCCAUCAGUGAAGCGACAUUCACGGCGCAGCAUCGCACCUUCCAGAGUCUCGGUUACACGCGCAACCCGACCAUGCCCGAGCAGUUCGUUGGCAACCUCGCCCACGCGGCGCAGUUCGGUGGCCGCGACGUCAUUCAGAUGAAGCCCUCUAAGGCGGUCUCCGCCGCGCUGCGGUCCAAGCGACAGAAGAAGGGCGAUCCCAGCAUCGUCGAGGGCGAGGGCGCGUACCUGGGGCCCUGGGCCAAAUACCAAUCGGACGACCGCUACUACGACGACGAAGCCGUUGAAGGAGCGACCGCUGACCGCGAGCUGGCCAGCGACGAGGAGUAUGUGUACGAGGACGAGGACGAGACGGCAACCGCCGGCGGGGUACCAGCGCACGUCCCGGCGCCGAUGGACAAACUGGCGACCGACUACCAAGACGACACGACCACGGCGGAGACGACCGAGUUUCACGGCAGCGAGCAAUUCGACUACCUGGGCCGGACGUACAUGCACAUCCCGCAGGACCUGGACAUCGACCUGCGCAAGGAACCGGGCAGCACGAAGAACUUCAUCCCCAAGAAACUCUUCCACACCUACAAGUCGCACACCAAGGCGAUCACCUCGCUGCGCUUCUUCCCGCGGUCGGGCCACCUGCUCCUCUCCGCCGCGGCGGACGGCAAGGCCAAGAUCUGGGACGCGUAUCACUCGCGCGAGCUCCUGCGCACCUUCUCAGGCCACAGCAAGGCCAUCACGGACACCGACUUCCACCCGACGGGCACCACCUUCCUCACGGCCUCGUACGACCGGCAGAUCAAACUCUGGGACACCGAGUAUGGCAAGUGCGUGGGGCGGUUCUCGACGGGCAAGACGCCGCACGUCAUCCGCUUCAACCCGUCCCCGGAGUUGUCGCACGAGUUCCUGGCCGGCAUGUCCGACAAGAAGAUCGUGCAGUUCGACACGCGCUCCGGCGAGCUGGUGCAGGAGUACGACCACCACCUGGCUGCCAUCAACACCAUCACCUUCGUCGACGACAACCGCCGCUUCAUCUCCACCUCGGACGACAAGUCCCUGCGCGCCUGGGAGUACGGCAUUCCCGUCCCCAUCAAGUUCAUCGCCGAACCCUACAUGUUCGCUCUCACGCGCGCCACCCCGCACCCCAACGGCAAGUACGUCGCCUUCCAGUCCGGCGACAACCAGAUCGUCGUCUACGGCGCCACCGACAAGUUCCGUCAAAACCGCAAGAAGAGCUUCCGCGGCCACAACAACGCCGGCUACGCCAUCGACAUCCGCAUCUCGCCCGAUGGCCAGUUCCUGGCCUCCGGCGACAGCGCCGGCUAUGUCUGCUUCUGGGACUGGAAAACCGGCAAGAUGUACCAUAAGAUCUUGGCCGGCGGGAAGGAAGGCGGCGCCACUACUUGUCUGGAUUGGCACCCACAGGAGACGAGUAAGGUCGUUACGGGUGGGUUGGAUGGGUUGAUUCGCUAUUGGGAUUGAUUUCGGGGGGAGUUCUAUUCGCAAGAUAGACGAUUCGGUGUAGGGGUCAUGGGAUAAUGUUAUUUUCUUUCUUCCCUUGUUACUACUACAAAAGCUAAGGCUUUUCUUUUCUUUUUUACUCAAGUAUAGGACAAUCACGAUCCGGAUUAUGUACAUCCCAUCACGACUGCC